AUGGAGACGCCACCGUACAACAGCCAGGACGCCGCCGCCGCCGCCGCAGCAGCAGCACCGGGAGCAAUACCGCCACAGGCCGAAGUGGAUGAUUUUUUGAGGAAGAAGCGGAAGGCGAGGGAGCAUAAGGCUUGUUAUCCGUGUCGGCAGAGGAAGGUGAAAUGCGAUCUUUCGCGGCCUUGUCAGACGUGUCGAGACCGAGAUCAUCCGGAACUGUGCUCUUAUCAUCCACCCAACAAGCGGCAGAAUGUUGACCAGAAUGCGCCUCCGCCUCUUGUGAGGCCGGCGGAGGAUGCGCAGCUGCAGACCUCUGCGCCGGGUGCUGGGUCUGUUACGCUUGGUCGCGCGGAGUUCGAUAUGCUGUGUCGCAAGUUGAAUGGUCUGGAGAAUUCUAUCGCGGACCUUAAACGUGAGAUUAGACGGAAUGCGAAUGAGAGUAAUGGGAAUCAGGAUAGUGAUGAGUCUGCGGAUGGGCAGCGGCAUCAGUCGCAUACUGAUGUUCAUGGGCUUCAUACGAAGAAUGAGUCGGGAGAGAUUGUCCAUCUCGGCGGUGGUUCUGUACCUGCCAUGCUAUAUGCACUCAGCCAAGGACAAGCUCCCAGCGGUUCGGACCAAACACAACUCCAAGAAUUCUUGGGCAAGUCUGUUCUGCCACUCUUCGGCCUCGACAACGAAUCCGCCACUUACCCUUUCGUCGACCUAUGGGGCUUGCCGCACGGAUCUCUACAACGCGCGAAAGAACUAGCUCGAGCACUGCCCAGCGACUCGCAAAUGCUCAGCCUGUUCGCGAGUUACCGAGACAAGGGAUAUGUUAUAUAUCCUGGCAUAGCUGAUUUGGCACAACUAGAAACGGACCUUACAAACUUUCUCGUGGCUCGAGGCUCGAUGGCAGAUCCCGAAGACGGUGUGACUGAACAUACCAUUUACGGCAAGAGCUUUUACUGGCUGGGUAUGCUUUUUGCUGUUCUGGCCAGUGGAGCUCAGUGCAGUGCGUUGACACGCAAAGAACGCGAGCUUACAUCGCAAGUAUACGUAUGCUGUGGAUUUGAAUGUCUGCGCUUCACAAACUUCCUCUCUCAGCCUCACAUCGAGAGCAUUCAGGCACUGCUCAUAAUAGGCAAUGUCAUGACCAACAACAUGAACGCAGGAACUGCUUGGUCUUUGCUCGGCUUGACCAUAAGGCUUGCUCAAGGCCUAGGCUUACACCAAGCAUGUCCACCACAUAUCACGCCAGACGUGGUACUUCCUCGAUCGAAAGUCUGGUGGGCGAUCAUUUGGCAGGAUAGCCUCCUCUCCAUCACUUACGAUCGCAACGCGGCACUCGAUGUCAACACCAUGCCAAUGCCCCAAACUUUCGGCCAAGUCUCCUCGUACCACGCGUCGAUGUACCGCAUGUGCAAGAUUGCGCUAGACAUCGUCCGCGACCGAGCCAAAGUCUCCAGCUCGCGUGAGAUGUUGGCACGCAUCAACACGCAUCGCGAGGAAAUCGCACACGUCAUGCGGGAUGCUAGCGAUCACCUCCGGGACUCGAGGACCUGCAGCACGAGUCAGGAGACGUUGGAACACUGGGCCCUUUACCUGCACACGAGUUAUGCCAUGUCGGAGCUCUGCCGUCCGGCUCUCAGUCCGAGAUCGUCCAGCGAGGUCGUCAAGGCGUGUAAAGCCGUCUGUGUGGAGAAUCUGGUCAACGUCGUCGAAGCCUUCCUCGGACUCAACAACAUCACCUUCUUCGCCCGACAAUCCUGGGCGGCCGUCCACCGAGCCCUGAGCUCCGCCCUCCUCCUCGGGAUCCUCGGCGAACACACCCGCAACGAACGCGCCCGCAAACUCAUCGGCCGCUUCAUCACCCUCAUGACCGAAGUGACCUCGACCGUCGACCCCACGGAAAUCUCCGCGCCCGUCCAACGCGGCAUCGCGGCCCUGCGCAAACUCCACAUCGAGGAACCGAAGAGCUCCAGCUUCAUGGAUAAUAUCGCGUCGACCACGACGCCGACGUCGGUGGGCAGUGGCGGCGAUGGUGGGGCGUUGAAGUUGGAGCAGAGUCAGAUUUUCACGCCGACGAAUUCGGAGAUGACGGGGACGGUGCUGGGCGAGGAGGAUCAUUCGCCGUAUUCCGUGCUGAAUACGAUUCUUUGGGGGAGUAGUAAUGGGGCGUUGCAUUGA